AUGAAGGAAGUUGUGGAAGUGAUAAAAGAUUACACGGUCAGAUUCCAAUUGCCCGCUGCUUCAGGCUGUCUGGUAGAAUUUUCCACUAUUAUAAAAAACGCUUCUGAUUAUUCUUUCUUAGCUUCGGAAAAUACCACAGGCGUUUAUAAGUUACUAUGUAAAAAUCAAAUUUCCUACAAACACAUUCUCUAUAAAGAAAAUUAUCUCGUCGGAAUAUUCAGCAGGAGCAUAAAAUGCAAAUUAAAAGCCGUCUAUAGAGGCUUCUGGGAGAGUAUUUUCAUGUACAUCAAAUUAAACGACGAAGUUUUAAACGACAUGACCUUCCAUACAACGAACAGUUCGAAUAUAACGCUGGAGCUGAAAUCACCGAAUGACGUUUUUGUGGAAACUGACCUGAGUAACAGCAUUGCCUGCGUUUGGACGAUCACAAUUAUCGAUCCGUCUAUUACGUACACUGAUAUGUUGAUGUACGAAAAAAUGGGUACAAAUUUUUCAACUGACAAUCUGAACAAAGAUAUGGUGAACAUGGAUAACAGUGACGAAAAUCAGAAAUCAGACAGGAAAAAUAACUACGAGAUAAUGAUCAUAGCCAUCAUAAGCAGUUUAGUCUUCCUAGUCUGCAUAGCUGUCUUCGUGCGAAAGAAAAUACAUGAUAGAUCUGAAUUGAAAGGUAGCACCUCUUCCGAACGCAUCAGCAACUCGCAAGAACUAACAACUUCAAGUCUCGGCAUCUCGAAAACAUUCAAAACUUCUGAAAAAUCUGUCAAAGAAGACAGCGCACCUGCCAAAUCUCACAAACCUCCUUUUACACCUAAGACUCACACAACAACCAAACCUAACAAAUUUUUUCCAAACAGAACAACCAAAGCUGCUGCAAGCAAAGCCAGCCAAGCUAAGCCUACCAAACCAAGAACAGCUGCUAAAGCUAGAGCUGCAACGACUAAAGCCAAUACAACAACAUUAGCAGUUCCACCAACAGCUGCAAAACCAGAAACUGGAUCGCCGUCUGAUAAGGUUGAGAUUAAAAUUCCGGCGACUCACACUCAAAAUAAUAGAAAAACUAGCAAAAAUGAUGAAAGCGAUGAUGACGAAAGUGAUGAUGACGAAAGUGAUGAUGAACUGGAGGUUCAAAAACUUGCUCACGUCAAGAGUAACAAACAAGAAAAUAGUUCUGACGAUGACGAAGAUGACGACGACACAUGGUAGUAGCUGCUGCUGCUACUGCGACUGCCAAACAUGAUAAAGAAAUAAACAAAAGAAAAAUAUAAACAAAUUAGUCAGUUGCUGG